AUGACAUUAAAACUAGCGUUAUAUUUUUCUUUUGCGUUAUUCGCUUGUGCGGAAUUAAAGAUAAGUUAUGAGGGGUACUCCGUUUACCAAAUAACCCCAAAAACAGAAGAACACCUAGAAGCACUCCAGGUCAUUCAAAAGAAUCGUCUGGCAGAAUACUGGGACGAUGAAUACGCAGUUAAUUUUCAAGUACAAGCAAUGGUUUCUCAAGAUAACAAGGAUAAUUUCUUGAAGGCUUUAGAGACAGUGAAGAUGGAGUCCAAAUUAAUGAUAAAUGACUUAAAUCAAGUCAUCAAUGAUCAACUCAAACCAUCGAGGGUCAAUACCCACUCAUUUCUAUCAUACAACUGGUACUCGUACCAAAGUCUGGAACAAAUUAACUUCUGGCUAGACGAGUUAGUUGCGACCUAUCCCGAUAUCGUCAGUCCUGUUGUUAUGGGACGGUCAGUUGAGAACAAAGAGAUCAGAGGUAUUAAAAUUGAUUAUCAUCCAGAACGAAAUGAGACACUGAUUGGAGUACUAGAAGGAGCUCUUCAUGCGCGAGAGUGGAUAUCACCGGCAACUGUAACAUGGAUAGUCAAGGAGUUUUUGACAAGUACUGAUCCAGAAGUAAGAGCACUAGCAGAGAAUAUCCAAUGGCAUGUUUUUCCUGUUGUCAACCCAGAUGGAUACACCUACACAUUUAGAUCUAAUAGAAUGUGGCGAAAAAACAGAGGCAAAACGAGUUCUCAAUCAUGUGCUCAUGCAGGCGUCGAGGAUGAUAUGAGCAACGGAGUCGAUUUGAAUAGAAAUUUUGACUUCCACUGGAUGUCUGUUGGUGCAUCUAAUGACUCCUGCUUCAACACCUUUGCCGGCCCAAGCCCCGCUUCUGAGCCAGAGACUCGGGCUAUAGUUGAAUACGUGACAGACUUGAAGCAACGCGGGCGCAUCAUUUACUACCUAUCCUUCCACUCCUACACACAGCUCUUUAUUAUACCCUACAGUCAUGUGCAGAGCAUUGAAGAGUUUGAGCCAGAUAAUUAUGCUGAUAUGUUCGAGAUUGCAACGAGAAGUGCUGAGAAACUCAAAGAAAGAUACGGAACGACUUACAGAGUCGGGAUUGCUGCAGACAUUUUGUAUCCUAUGGGCGGCUCGAGUUUCGACUGGGUGAAGUAUUCCGCGAACGUUCCAGUCUCGUAUCUGAUCGAGCUAAGGGACCUCGGGGAGUACGGCUUCCUGCUUCCCCCCGACCAGAUUGUCCCUAACAACUUGGAAAUCAUGGAUGCAUUACUCGAGAUGGAUAGAACGACAAGGCGCCUAGGAUAUUAUCAUUCCGGGGCCCAAACGAUUAUUUGCUCAUUUGUGAGUUAUAAAGAUUUUAAAGUUUAUAAAGUAACACCACAAUCAGAACGAGAUGUAGAGCAUCUUACGAAGCUAGAUGCGACGAAUGAGUUUAUGUUUUGGAAAGAUGUGACGAAAGUGGGAGGCGAUGUGAAGAUAAUGGUAGACCCGAAGAAGACCGCCAAGUUUGAAAAAUACAUGGAAGAUAUUGAUUUGAAAUUUGAAGUCGUUGUUGACGAUGUGCAAAGUGUUAUUGAUGAACAAAUAAAAAGACCAACAAAUGCUCGCAAUGCACAAGGAUACAGCUGGAACUAUUACCAAACUUUCGAUGAAAUUCUAGAAUGGAUGGAAAAUAUUGUAAAUGAACAUUCGGAUGUCGCAUCUUUGGUCACUAUUGGACAAAGUGUUGAAGGUAGACCAAUUAGGGGAGUAGUGAUUGACUUCAAGAAAAGGGAUAACCCUUUGAUAGGAAUGCUUGAAGGUGGUAUACACGCGAGAGAAUGGAUAUCACCAGCAACACUUACUUGGGUCAUUAAAGAGUUUCUGACAAGCACUGACGAAAACGUGAGGCAGCUAGCUGAGACGUUCCAAUGGCAUAUAUUCCCCGUCGUCAAUCCCGAUGGUUAUUCGUACACUUUCACAAAUGAUAGAAUGUGGAGGAAAAACCGGAGCCAGGCGAAUUUCAUGUCGUGCUCCCAGUGGAAUUUGAACGAUGACAUGAGUAAUGGCAUCGAUUUGAACAGGAAUUUCGGCUUCCUAUGGAUGACUGUCGGUGCCUCUAAUUUGGCAUGCUCUGAAGUAUAUGCUGGCCCUAACGCCUUUUCUGAACCCGAGUCCCUCGCGAUUAUAAAUUACGUCCUAGCUCUUCAGCAGCAAGGCACUUUACUGUACUAUGUGGCUUUUCACUCCUACUCCCAGAUGUUCUUAGUCCCUUACAGUCAUGUCGGUGGCUCACAAGUUUUAGAAGCUCCAAAUUAUGGUGACAUGUUUGAAAUUGCUAUUAAGAGUGCAGAAAAACUUGAACAGCGGCAUCAUACUGAAUAUACAGUAGGGACAUCAGUUGAUAUCUUAUAUCCUGUCUCUGGCUCCAGUUUCGAUUGGGUAAAAGGAGUUGCAGGUGUGCCCAUAGUAUAUUUGAUCGAGCUUCGUGAUGUAGGAGAAUAUGGCUUCCUUCUUCCACCAAGUCUAAUAAUUCCUAACAACCAAGAAAUUGUGGAUGCGCUUGUUGAAAUGGAUCGCGUCACGAGAGAACUGCAUUACUAUCAUAGCUCAGGAAGUAUUGUGAAGAUUAGUUUUGGGUUACUCUCAGUUGUUAUGUUAAAAUAUUUCCUUUAA